AUGCUGGCAGUCACCUCCAGUUCACCUUCUGGUGGUCAUUCUGAGUGUCAACGGGAUUAUAACAUGCAUACAAGACCUAAGAUCUCCCGUCAUGAAGCUCCAGUUUUCACCCUAAUGCCUAAUGAACCUCAAAGCAGAGUGGAGUUUCUCCAUUACUUCUGUCCUCUCACACUGAACAUCAACACGGCACACAGAGACCUCCAUCUGACUGAAGGGAACAGGAAGGUGACACGUGAGGGGACAAAGGCCAAAUAUCCUGAUCAUCCUAACAGAUUUGACCACUGGCCCCAAGUUCUGUGCAGAGAGGCUCUGACUGGGACUCGCUGUUACUGGGAGGUGGAGUGCACUGGAGACAAUCUGGCGAUUGGAGUCGCAUAUCAAGGACUGAGCAGGAAAGGAGACGGCAUGGAGUGCAGCCUUGGAAACAACGACAAGUCCUGGAGUUUGUAUUGCUCUUAUUCCCAGUACUCGGUGUAUCACAAUAACAAGUGUACUAUCCUCAGCACCCCCUACAGCCCCAGAAUAGGUGUGUAUCUCGACUGGCCUGCUGGCUCGCUGUCAUUUUAUAGCGUCUCACACACAAUGACCCUCCUGCACAGGCUCAACACCUCCUUCACUAAGCCGCUCUAUCCAGGGUUUGGGGUUGGUCCUGACUGUAGUGUGACAAUCUGCCAUCUGACACCAGGUAACAACUGA